AUGGGCAUCUUCACCAAACGGUGGGCGGCGGCUCCCUCGACGCCGAAAAUUAAGAGUAUCUCUCUCCCUGAUGAUAACGAUAUGCCCGCAUUGGCUUCACGACACACAUCGGAUAAGAUCGCUGCGCCCCCUCCGCCGUACAGCAAGAGUGGUGUAGAAUCGAGACCAUCGACACCACUAUCCGGAAUCUUCAGGACGCGGCGUAAUUCUCUACUCAAAGGCUCUUCCAAGACGGUAUCGGCGAGUUAUGAGGCAUACUUGACCCUUCCUGCGAAACAGCAUGUGUCAGGAUCACCUGAACGGGGAACAGCUAACAAAUCGUCCGAAGGCGGGUCCUUGGCGCGGGAGCAUCGUUUGCCGAUGGCUGGUUCAUCCAAUGUGACUGGAGGCAGGCUUCCAGAAGGUAAACUGAAACCAAAAGUUGUCCAUGAUAGCUGGGUUCUUCAGUCCGGGUACAACACAGGGACGCAGACCAUUGUAUUUCCCUCGUCGUCCAAGCCCUUGGAUGGUGACCUAUCGUUUGGUGGUACAAUGCAGGCCAGAUCCACUAUGGGGAAAGUUCCCAGCAAAUCGUACCCACCCUCGAAAACGGGUGACCAUAUGCCAGCCGAUGAAUAUACCCGUCGGAGGCACCACUCUUCUGCUGGAAGGUCGUAUUCACCUCCGGCGUGUGUACCAUCUCGCAGGGCAGAGACGCCAGGCCCGGGAUCUCGGACAACGACCGUCAAAAAGGUCCCAGCCAAAGUGGAGGCGAUUGCAUUGAGUUGGCCCCUGCUUAAGUACAACCCAGCGCGCCAUCGACCACUGCUGUACUUCGAUAUUGCCUUCGAUCCAGAGAUACCCGGUAACAUCCGGGCGAGGAAAUGGGGCGAGGGCGUUUUCAUGAACCUCACACCUGCCGAACAGGAGAUGUCGAUAUGCACGCACGACGUCGUUACGGAUAUGCACAUUGUAUAUCCGAAACUUCCGUUAUGGCCAGUCCAUGUCCAUCGACUCGAUGGUAUACGCUGCAUUGAUGUAUUUGAGGCCAUUUACAAGGUGUUCAAUAAGCGUUUGCGGAAGGAAGAAGCGAUACCAGCGGAGCACAUACACGCAUACCGCCCAGCGUUUGAGCAACGAUGUCGCGACUCCCCGUGUUUGACAGAGUAUGAGAAGAAGCAAGGGAUGCGCAGAGUCGAUGUCCUCAGAGGGACGAGGAUGUUCUCGGGCUUGACGCAGGCGAAGGACGGAAGGUGGAUAUUGGAGCUGGCGCAUCCCACUGGUGGGCAUUGA